CGUCUCCACGAGCUCUGCUGGCGCGUGCUGUCAACGCGUUUGCCAUUGCGCUUCUUUAUCUUUCUAUCCCUUGUUCAUCCCCGUUGCCGUCACCCUGGAGGCCGCUUCAGCACGCAUGGCAGCGAGGGACCGCUUCGGUGGUGCCUACGCUGACCUGGGCUUAACACCGCUGCAACGGGCUGUUCGAAAUGCCUGUGACCUCUCGCAUUACGAACCUAAUCUCGCCCUCAACCUCGAAGUGGCCGAUCUGAUCAACUCCAAGAAAGGCAAUGCUCCCCGCGAAGCUGCCCUCGAAAUCGUCCAUUUGAUCAACUCGCGGAACCAGAAUGUGGCGUUACUGGCAUUGGCGCUCCUCGACAUCUGCGUCAAGAACUGCGGCUACCCCUUCCACCUCCAGAUCAGUACCAAGGAGUUCCUGAAUGAGUUGGUUCGUCGAUUUCCAGAGCGUCCGCAGCUGCGGCCCACUCGGGUGCAGCAUCGCAUCCUAGAGUCCAUCGAGGAGUGGAGACAGACCAUUUGUCAGACGUCGAGGUAUAAGGAGGACUUGGGCCACAUCCGCGACAUGCACCGGCUAUUACUCUACAAAGGCUACGUGUUCCCGGAGAUUCGCCAUGAGGAUGCGGCCGUGUUGAAUCCUAGUGAUAAUCUGCGCUCUGCGGAGGAAAUGGAGGAGGAAGAACGGGAGGCUCAGUCGGCGAAAUUGCAGGAGCUGAUCCGUAGGGGUACGCCUGCGGAUCUGCAGGAGGCUAAUCGGUUGAUGAAGGUCAUGGCAGGUUACGACAACCGACACAAGACUGAUUACCGGGCCAAGGCGGCCGAGGAGGUCGCCAAGGUGCAGCAAAAGGCCAAGAUUCUGGAGGAGAUGCUACAGAGUCAUCAGCCCGGCGAUCCGGUCGCGGAGGGUGAUGUGUUCGAGGAACUGGCGGGGGCGCUGCAAAGUGCCCAUCCAAAGAUCCAGAAGAUGUGCGAGGAGGAGUCGGAUGAUCCGGAGGCGGUUCACAAGCUGCUCGAGAUCAAUGACAGUAUACACCGGACCAUCGAACGGUACAAGCUUGUCAAGAAGGGCGACUGGGAGGCUGCAUCGCGGAUUCCCAAGGGCACCCUGGGCACGACGACGGGUGUCGGAAAGAAUGCCAACAACCAGCUGUCGCUCAUCGACUUUGACCCGGAGCCGGCUGCCAGUGCGAACGGCAACGGCGCGCCGGCCGCGACAGGUGGCAGCUCGCUGGAGAACGACUUGCUGGGCCUGUCAAUAGACGAGCCCGCUCCGGCCCUGGGUGGGAUCUCGCUCGGACCAGCGGUCACGACCACUGCUACGCCAUCGAUGCCCCAGGCCCCUGCAGGAUUCAAGCCCAACUACGACAUCCUGUCUUCGCUGGGCAGCUCUUCCCAACCGCCAUCGCAAUCUACCACACCGGUCCCGGGUGUACGGCCGCAGAGGGUCGUCGCGGCAGCCACUCCACCUCCAGCCGUCGAUCCAUUUGCUUCGCUGGUCUCCGCCAGUCCCCGCCAGGCCAGCCCGCUGCCGUCCGGAGGAUCCGUGACAGGAUCUGCAACCGGGUCCCUGCUCGAUCUAGUAGGAAGCGGACCGGCGCAGCCGGCUGGGAGCGGCCAGGCGGUCGAGGACGACGAGUGGAACUUUGCAUCCUCCCUGCCGGAGAGCAACACGCUGCCGAGCACCAACCGGGUGCGGGUGCUGAACUCGGCGCUUCGAAUUGAAUUUGUGGCGCGGCGCAACCCCCAACAGGCGGAGCAGAUCCAUGUGGUGGCCCUGUUUUCGAACGGGACGAGCCAGCCGCUGAACGAGCUACACUUCCUGGUGGCCGUGGAGAAGGCGUACACGUUGCGACUCCGCCCACAGUCCGGGCGGGACAUUGGACCGCUGCAGACGAACGGGGUGCAGCAGGAGAUGCUCAUCUCUGGGGUUGCGGGGGGCAAGGGCAAUUCGGUCAAGAUACGGUUUCGGGUGUCCUACCGGGUGGGCAACGAGCGCAAGGAGGAGCAGGGGAUGGUGCCGCCGUUGGGCAUCGCCUGAGGAGACUUUGCGAGACUUUCAGCCGGGCAGGAUCUGGGCCUGCCCUUCUCCUUGACACAGUGUUUCUGCUAGCUAGCCUGCAUCGUGCCUUGUCGUGAUUUAGUUCGUGUAUACCAACCAGAGCAAGUUUGACCGCGCCGCUGCAACCUAACCAGCAACAACCUUCCUCCUCUUCCUCUGUUAGGUAGUUACGAUCCUUUUCUCCCCUCCCAGCCGUCGAAUUUCCUGUUCUUCUCCCACUCCCCGAACAAACCAAUUGUUUGUUGUCCCCCCCGACGUCACCGUCCCGACC